GGGCGAGGAGGUGCGUCAUGGUCUGAACUGAGUGGAGUGUCGCUAUUUAUGCACGAGUCGCUUACACACUCCGAGUGUGUCGCUCACUUUGCAAUUAUCAACGACUAGUCACGCCGUCCUCUUCCAUCAGAAUCACGCCCCCUCCGACACAGCUCCCCCAUCCUUAGCGCUGCACCGGCUUUCUCGUCCAGCCGAACAUCUAUCCCAGGCCAAGAUUCUGACCACGACUCGCUGGAGAUCCUCGACGAUGGUGAUCGCAUUCACGUGUGCGGUGAUGCGAGCGGCUAUGAUGGUGCUAGUACUAAUGUAGUCGAGGGAUGGGUCAGCGACCUGGUGAAUUCAACUGUGAAGAGUGCUCAUUGGCGAUACUCAAUCACCCAAAUAAUACCCCCCUCACUAUACUUCCAAUUCACCAGCAUGUCGCUCAUCGGCGGAAUCUAUUCAAUUGAGAAUUCAGCUGUUCCCCUUGCCAUCGAUCUUUAUUUCGGUAACGACAUUCGCAUUCUCAUAAGCUGUCCGGCAUCAGCUAACUUGUGGUUCGUUGCCAUGUUGUCAUGCUGAUCAUCCAAGGUGGCACAACAGAUGGUACAAAAGUCCAGGGUUGGGGGAAGUGGUCAUUCUCCAGCGCCUACUGCCUACCUCAGCUCCGGCUGGUCACACCUACUGGAGCAACAGAUGCUUUUACCUUACAGAAUCUCCGAGGCGGCCUCUACCUUGACUUGCCAAAUGGUAGCAGCGCCAAUGGUAACCCGCUUCAAGGGUGGCAGCGCGUGGGCAACGACCGGGUUUGGAUCAUUCGACAGACAGGCACAUUUUACAAGAUGCAAAAUUUGCAGGGUGGAAGUACGUGUUCCCUUCAUUCCGUAUUAAUCGCACUCCGAGCUCGUGAAACUACGCGUGAUCGUUCUGCCAGCGUUUGUCAAUCUUCUAGAUGGGUAUGUCAUCUCAGCUUGACGUGUUUGUAUCAUGCCUGGAUUCAUUAGUGCCCUCUUGACAGCAGUGGCAAUGGAACUGCCGUUGAGGGCUGGGCAGGCGAGUGGAACGACACUGCCAAUCAGGGCCAGCUCUGGUCAUUCCAGCCUAUGAGCCGGACAAGCGCAGAGGUCGCCAGCGCCCUCGCUGCCAACCCUGUUCUGAGAGGCCGCUUCGUCAACGAUCAGUUGAAUGGGAUGUAAGGCUGAGGCUUCCCUCUUCCUCUCUUUUAUGUGCCUCCGCGGGGCGAUGUUGACUGGAUAUGAUACCCUUGGAUACUGGGUCCUCGACAAGGGCCUGGUGGCCAGUAUAUGGGCGGGUGCCAAUCUUGGCGAAGGGAAGAAGUAAACCUUGCGACCUGAGCUGUUUGACCAAGACGACUUGACCCUCUGUGCAUUAUUUUUCCAUGAGUGCAUCAGAUUGUCCAUGACUAACAGCUUGAUGCUCAAACAGGCAAUUUACUCGACCCGGGCUUCUUCUUGAGAUCCUGCUCUGACGUUUUCGUUUGUAUUUUAUGCUAUC